AUGGCUUCCGGUGACAACGGGAGGAAAAUAGUGAAGCUGCAGGGCUCCGACGGCAUUCUGUUCAAGGUGGAUGAAGGCGUGGCCCGGCAGUACUCGCAGUCGAUCGGAAACCUCAUCGAGGACGACUGCGCCACCGGCGUCAUCCCCAUCUACAAUGUCACCGGCCGCAUCCUCCGCAUGCUCCUCGAGUACAUGGAAAAUCACGCGAACGCCACGAACAACGGCGUCUUCGGUGGUCCUGACCCCGUCCUCGCCCAAAGGCUCAAGAAGCGGGACGCCGAGUUCAUCAACGUGGACAACGACACCCUCUUCGACCUCCUCGAGGCAGCGGAUUAUUUCAACGUAAGCAGUAUGUUGGAGCUGACCGUCAAAACCAUUGCUGGUAAGAUGAAAGGCAAAACGCCUGAAGAGAUCCGCGACACCUUCGACAUUGUUUGUGACUACACACCGGAGGAAGAGCAGGAGGUGCGACGGCAGCACUUCUGGGCGUUUCACUGA